AUGCGAAGAAGAUUGAUAGUUUCUGUCUCUGAAGAGGAAGAACAAAAAGUGAAUUUCGAAAAAAUACUUCGAAAUAAUCACAUUGAGUACAAUGAAAACGAGGAAUACUAUUUAAAGUCCUCAUUGCAACUGUCAAAAAUAGCAGUAGAGUGCGGAAAGAUUAUGAAGAGGAAACAUACAAACCCAAAGAAGGCUUUAAAAUUGAUAAAGCUGCUUCAAGAGAAUGACCCUCAAAUUAUAACCAGUGUUUACCAGAUCAUACUUGAAUUACACAUUUUUGAUCAGUUUAUUUUUGACUCAAGUUUCGAGCCGUUCUUGAAUGAGGCAAAUUUGGUAGUCAAGGUGUGGGGGCCGCUUUUUGAGAAAUGCUUUAGACAAUCAGGGAUCAUUUUGCAGUGGGGAGCCAUACACGAAGAUAUCGGCCGUGGUCAUUCUGGAAAGAAGACCAGGGCUGGAGAGUCUUUUGUAACCAGCAAGCUCUGUCUGAGCGUUAUCGCUUGGGAACCAAUUCAAAAUACUGUUAAUGGUGUCGCCAUUAACGAAUUUUCAAGAAAGACAAAUCAGCCCAGUUAUUUUUACGUUCUGAACAGAGCCGUUCUCUGUGCGAAGGCGUUCCUCAACAAGAUUAUCAAUCGUUGCCCUCAUAUUAGGCCAUCUGAAAUUGAACAACUUUCUGUACCUUUUGUAUUGAUAAUGAGAUUUGAAAGCCAAGUAUUCGUAUUAAAGAUGAAAGAUCCUAAGGUUUACGUUCUCAAGCGUCUUUUCACGGUGCGAAUCCCUCAAACUAUUGAAGAUCUAGAGACUGGUAUUAAUACGCUACUCUCUGGUGUUCUAUUUCUGAAGAAAUUUUGUUUGAAACUGAACAUGGUUGUGAAUGAUCUUGCUAAAAAAAUAAGAUGA